AUGUCGUGCCAAGUUGAAGGAACCGCUUUCAUCACCGGUGGUGGAUCAGGAAUUGGCAAGAGCACAUCAAUUGCUUUUGCAAAGAAUGGUAUCAGCGGGCUUGCUCUCCUUGAUCUCAAUCUGACUCUGUUGGAAAACACUCGCGAUGAGAUACAGAAACAAUACCCUAAUGUUCAGGUUGAAAUCAUGAAGGUAAACGUCGCAGACGAAAAGUCGGUCGACGAAGCGCUGCGCAAGGCAGUGGAAAGAUUCGGGUGCAUUGACAUUGGGAUCAAUUGUGCAGGCAUCAGUGGCACACCGACCCCAACUCAUGAGAUGUCUCUGGAAGAGUGGCAGAAGGUCAUCAAUGUCAACCAGACAGGCGUGUGGCUCUGUCAACGGGCACUAAUCCGACAGAUGAUCGGUCAGAACUCGCGUGGUCUGCGUCAUGGUCGUGGUGUGGUCGUCAAUGUCUCGUCUAUGUUUGGUGUAGGGGGUCCUCCGGGUCCUUUCAGUAUUCCUCACUAUACGGCGGCAAAGCAUGCGGUGGUCGGCGUCACAAGGAUGGACGCGAAAGCGUAUUCCCGACAGGGUAUCCGAAUCAAUGCUAUCUGCCCGGGAUUUGUAGAUACCCCCAUUAUCAGCGCGCAGAUUCAGUCCGGCUCGAUGGAUUCUCAGUUCGAGAUGACGCCCAUUGGGCGUCCGGCCCAGGUCGAGGAAAUCUCGGAUGCAAUCUUGUUCCUCGCGUCCCCCAUGAGCAGCUACAUGUGUGGAGCAGCACUGGUGGCAGAUGGAGGAUAUACAGUGUAG